AUGGUCUCUACCAAUCAGGGGAUGCCAUGGAGUACCAAGCGUUUGCCGGCCAGUCGCAGCCGAAAGAAGAAGAAGCAGACGACGCGCCAAGAUCAUGACGCCGCCGUCGGAGAGAAUGUCCGUGAGGAGGCCCUACGAUCUCCUCAGCCUCAGUCUGUCGGCAACCAGAGGUGUUCAACUCCAGGGCCGCCUGCUGCUCCCCUGAACUCUUUCUCUCCUCAGACCGGUCUUUCUGAGGGUCGACCCCACGACCAGAGACAGGGCGCAGCGCGUGGAACACGCAGCUCGGCUCGCAAGGACCUGGUCUCCGCUUUCCCUUGGGAGGCCCUCGACAUAGACAAGCUCAAGUCGACAACCACCACGACCACUCUUACUGCGACGCAAAUAGCAAACCCAGCCCUAAACACCACCACCACCCCAAGUAGGAGCUCCCCAGUUCAAAGUCCAAGCAGUAAAGGUCAGCAGCAGACCCAAGAUAAGGCUGCGGACCUGAGUCCCUCCCUCCGCAUUAUGUCCCGAAAUCGGCCUCGAGGCCCUCCAGUCCCCAGGGACAAUGGCCUCGCAGCCAAUGAGGAGACUGAUAUGUGGAACAAGAUUCUACAAGAUCUGCGCAAGGCCAAAGAGAAGAACGACAAGCAAAAGGUCUUGGCCGAGCAGAUAGCGACGCUGAAUGAGAAGAUCGGCCGAGAGGGCGGGAAGCCUACUUUAAACGAGCAUAAUCAACUGGACAGCCUUUACAGGCAGAUGGCGAAGUUAUGCGAGGAGGAAAGAGCUAUCCUCCAAGACGAGCCUAGUGAUGUGAUCAAGAACCUCGGUCUUCUGACAGCCCUUCGCCAGGCAUCAGAAGCCGAGGCGCCGCAGAACCGGGCUGCAUCUCUCUCCAAGUCACGGAAGAAGCGAAAUGAGAUGGACGGCUCGGCUACCGACUCGCCGGGUCCGUCCAAUAACUCGUUGUCGGACAAAGCCAGCCGCGUGAAGGGUGGCAUUCAGCGUAGUACGAGUGUUUCCAGCUCACAGGCCCGCGAGGGCCGGGACCACCCCAUCGUACAAAUCAAGGUAGAAGAAGGGUCCGAGGGCGCGAAGGGCACGCUAGCCGAACGAAACGGGCAUCUGGUGGUUGGGGCGGAAGUCGUCUUCAAGCACAACAAGAACAAGCAAGGUGUCGAAGGCGAGGGCAUUCAAUGCAUUAUCAAAGGCAUCACCGGGGAUGGGCUCAAGAAACGGUAUGAUGUACAGGACCCGGAACCAAACGAAAACGGUGAACAGGGCGCGGUAUACAAAACCGGCGCAGCGUCGCUGAUCCCGAUCCCUCGCAUCGGGUCUACCUUGCCCUCGUUUUCGCUUGGGAAGCAAGUCCUGGCAAGGUAUCCAGACACGACCACUUUCUACCGUGCCGAGGUGAUGGGUGCUAAGAAGGAUGUCUAUCGUCUCAAGUUUGAGGGUGAGGAAGAUGAUAAGGAGAUGGAGGUUGACCGUCGCUUCGUUCUGGACAUUCCCGGAAAGUGAUGCCCCCGUCUCCGUUCCUCUCCUAUCCAGGCCUUUGCUCACGCCCAAGCCUCGAUAUUUGCCAAGCCAGAUGGAAUGGUCCUGAAAGGACGUAGGGAAAAAACGGGGAGAAGUCCGGAAUCGCCUCAGAUGUACGGCGCAGGAAACAAUCUUGAAUAUUGCAAUGAGAGGAAGGGUGAAAUCGGCUGCCAGAUUGUUCGGUUACUUGAUACCCAUUGUUUAGCUAGGUUUUUUAUGAUUUGAUGGAGUUUUAUGACUUUGCAGGGAGUUGGACGUUCUUUUCUUUUUUUUUCCAGUUCUCAGCUUGCUUCGCCUCCAUCUCUUUGUUGUUUAGGAUAAGUCGUUCUAUACUAGGUAGCGGACAAAGGAUCCGUACUGUGGACCAAGGACAAAUGAACGAGGCAGACUCAAUGGA